UCCUUGUGCAACACUAACACUCUUCCCCUGGUGGUUUAGAAAACAACAGAGAGGCGGCGGGUGGCUGUGUUCAUAAUGUCGGGCAGAAAGCCCCGAUCUGUGGCAAACCCUCUGGGGUCUGCGAUCACCACACCGAGUGAGAGGAUACUGAAAGAAUGCCACAGUUUAUAUGUCGACAGCGAAAACGGCCUGGUGAAGAUUGCCAGCAGCCUCGGAGUCCGUCUCCUGCCUCCCAGAAAGAAGAUCAUUGUGAUGAUAAUGGGGAACCACUCUGCAGGGAAAAGCUCCUUCAUUAACUGGUAUGCUGAGGAGCACAUACAGAAAGCAGGCGUCGCCAUUGAAACGCAGGGGUUUACAUUCAUCACAAGUGGUCGCAAAAGAGAAUCAUUGACGGGGAAUGCAACGCUACAUCUGUACCCUCACUUUCGACCACUCCUUGAGUUCAAAGGUGUUAUGGACUAUCUGUCUGCUGAGAUCUCCACCUCCAAGCAGAAGAAGUUCAGUCUGGUGACAUUUGUGGACACACCAGGUUUGGUGGACGGGGACAUGGUCUACCCUUUUGACGUCAACAGCGCCAUCACCUGGUUGGGAGAACAGGCCGACUUGGUAUUUGUGUUCUUCGACCCGAUGGGCCAGGCGCUCUGCAAACGCACACUCAACAUCGUGGAGAAGCUGAGUGAGAAAUGCGGAGACAAACUGUUGUUCUACCUCAGCAAGGCAGAUGAAGCUGGCAAGGAAACAGACAGACAGAGGGUGAUGAUGCAGAUAGUCCAGGAGCUGUGUCGCCGUCCAGGUCUCAACAAAUGUGGUUUUGAGAUGCCUACAAUAUACAUCCCCAACCCACAGAGGCCGAGCCGCUGUGUGAACCAGAUCGAUGGGGUGUGUCAGACCAUCGAGAAGACCAUCAACCAGGCCGUUCAGAAGACUUUGGAUCAGCUGGAGAAAGACUGUGACCUUAUUUGUUCUACCAUCAGCAACAGACUAGAGCAGGACAGGGCUGAUGUGACUCACAACAAAAGCGUCCGUCUUCACUCGUUCUUGUGUGGCGCUCUGGGUAUUUUCCUUCCCGCCCUCUUCAUCCUCAGUUUCAUUUUGAACACCUUCUCUCUAGAGCAGCUGGACGAACUGUUGGGUGAAGGACUGGCUCGGACCCUCUCCAUCUUUACAGGAAUAGUGAUUUAUUUAUGGGACUGGAUACCAGAAGAUGGACAAGUAGUGUUUGUUAUCUUUUUUGGAGCUUUUUGCUACCUCCUGCUUUUCCUAGCAAAGUAUUUUGCAGGCCGAGGGAAUAAGACUCUGACGAAGAAGGAGAAGAGGACGAUGGCAGAGUACAGUGAUUAUAUCCAGGAUAUCGUCAAAACUAAGAAGGGGAAAUUGUAUGAAUGGUACCUCCAGCAGUGUGCAGCAGAAUAUGACCUCUGAGCCUGGGUAAGCUGAAGACUGUUAACACACGCACUGUAUGUCGGCGUAUUGCUACAAGAUUUUGUGAAAAGCCGAUCACCUGCCAUGGGGCAUCAUUUAGUGUAUAUGGUGGAAUUAGUGGGACUUAUGAUCAUCCACCAAAUGGUCAGGUUUUUCUCUUCUCAGUCGGGCAGGUGUAACCUCUAAAUACAGCAGAUAUCACUGCCAAUAUUUAUCACCUCAAGCGCUUCGAUUAAAGAGGAAGUGCCUUUAUUAGUCAGUACAGGAGUAACUCAUUUCAUAAUGUGAAUAGAUUUUUUUCAGUUUUUGUAGUAAAUAUAGGUUGAUGCCAUAUAAAAAGUGUUUACAAACUUUUUCUUAAUUUCUUCAUAAGUAACUGCUUUCUGCCAGCAAAAGGUUUUAUAAUGUCCUCUGUAAAGCCCGUUCUCAUAUAGUCGAGGUCCUUGAAUCUAACAGCACCGUCCUGAAGUCUGUCAUGUUGUCUUUAUAAGGUACCAGAAUGUCCUACACUUGUGUUUGACGGUCAGCAAUACAAUAACCAAUGCUGCGUGAUGACACUUGGGCAUUAUGUUCGGACAUUUUAUAAAUUACUUUCAUACCAAUAAGACUGCAAGCUCCUUUCUGCCUACAAAGCGUCUCUGUCCUGCUAUUAGACGUUUGUUUUGUUGUGUGAUUUGUGCAGCCAUCAGAUAUUUUCAUAGACAAAUCAUUAUUAUGUGAUAGUAUUUAUACAAACCACAGUCAAGACUUGUGAUUUAGAAAAGUGGUGAGCAAUGAAGUCUGUCACUGCACUGAUAUGUAUCUGAGUUGAACCUCAUGUUGUUCAAUCAUGUUGUCUAUAGAUCGGUGUCACUCAAAUCUAGUUUUAUGACUACAACACCAUGUAAUGCCUUCACUCCAGUGAUAUAUUUAUUAGUCUUCAAAGUGCUUUUUACCCAAAUAAUGUAGAAAACCCUCUAUGGGCUGUUUGCAAUAUCAUUGUGAA